AGUCUCCGACUCUAGUAACUUGAAUUUUAUGCAUUGUUAACUGUGGUGUGUUGGUGGUCGAGUCAUGUCAUGUUUUGGUCUCGGGACAAAGGGAAGAUUCUUCAUCUCUUGAUUUUGCUGCAGUCGAAUGUCACCUCUGAGGGUUGUCUAGGUUCAUGUUGCUCAUGUGUUGGUUCUAAAUGGUUGUUGCCAUUCUUAUGUUUUGUACCUCUAUGAUAUGUCCCCAAAGUUUGCAUGGUUCAAAUGUUUUGAGCGUACCUUGUGUCUGACUUGGUUUGCUUGGGGACAAGCUUAGCAUUAGAGAGACGAAGACUUCAAUAGUUUGUGGACAAUCUUAGUAUUCAAGGUGCAUGGUCAAGUUGGAAAAUGUCAAAGUCAUGUAGGAUCAUUUAUAUGUCACAUCAAGAUUUGAGGGCUGAUUCGAGAUCAAUAACACAUACAAAGUUGAGUUUGAAUCUUCUUCAAGAGAGAGGGAAUGAUGCAAUCAUGCUAACCCUUCAUGAUCAUAAUCGAGGUCAAAUAACCUGUUAACAUGGACCAUGGGCCAAGAAACCAAUUAAGAGGUUUAAAGAGAACUCUGGAACAUUCACGAUGGGUGAAAUGGUUGUACAAGCAAAGACGACGGGUUUGUUGAUGAGAAAUGGAUUAGCAAGGUAUUCAGUUCUCACGAUCCAAGAAUGAAGGUUGGAGUUAGGAGAUGUAUGACUCGUUCUAACUACAACAUCCGGAUCGACGACCAAGUAUAACCGCCGAUCGGGUGUAGCAUAGGGCAAGCAAGAAAUAAUAAUUUAUCGUACCACGUGGAUCUCUGCUUACCCUACUUCUGGUUUAGGGUUCGUUAUCUAGCCAACAUAAGAUGGUGAUCAGAAUAAUUAAACUUACUAACCUAGCUAACCACUAACCUAGCUAUUUACAAGGUGGGGAGCUCUCUUGGUUUGAAUCAUCCUAGGUUCGUUCUUUGGAUCGAAGUUGGGUAUCCUCCUAGCUCGAUGACUCAACUACAUUACCGUUUGGAGAUGGACUCCCUCUGGAAUGACCCGGAACGGCGAAUCGAUGGAUGGGUAGUGCUCUUUUCAACCUAGGGUUUCGUAUAAUGCUAGGAGACCGGUCGAUUCAAUUCCCUUGGGGGACUACCCGGAAAAUAUACGAUAGGAGUGACUCGAAGACGCCAAAAGGGGAGGGGGGCUCUAAGGGGAUUAUCUCCCUCCUAGGUCAAAAGCUCAAUGCAUGAAAAUGGAAACCCAACUUAUGCCAUUCAUGAAAACAUCCAUCAAUUAAGUAAAAUCAUCAAUCAAUCAUGGAGUUUGUCACAUAUCUCAACAUUAAACCAAAAUCUAGACCUAGGUUUCUUAAACCCAAGAGAAGAGGGUAAGUUUCUAGAGAGAGAGAGAGAGGAGAGUUUACAAAUAAACCACUAGAUCUUCAUCUUCUUCUUCUAGGCUUGAUUCCUAGCUUCCAAGCUUGAUCAAUGCCUUCAAUUAAGCUCCAAUAUCACUCUCUCUCUCUCACUAGAACUCCCCUUUCGUGUUUUUUUUUUUGAAACCCUAGAGAAAGAAAGUGUUCCUUCUCCAAAAACCAGCUCUCCCCACUUCUUCCUUCUGCUGAUGUUUUUAUACCCAGGUCAAGCCCAGUUCACGGCCUCUAUUCACAGCCAUGAAAACCUUAACGCGUCCGUGAACUCAGCGUCGUCUCCAAAAUGCACCGCUUUACUCUCCAAGGUUAACGGUUUGCACUCAAAGUUCAUGGUCUUAGAGAUUGUGAACAUCCUGGUCGUCAGUAACAUCUGGAACCUCGCUGGAUGCCUCACUGUUCACAAUUUGAGGUUCCAAUUCACGGUCUUGGGAGACCGUGAACUCCAAUGCUGGACCGUGAACUGCGGCUGCUUCAUGGACGCCUGACCUUCACUGCUACGGGGCAAUAGUCACAGGUGUUUUCACUUUUUAGCAAUUUUCGACCUCCAAUCGACCCAGAACUCAUCCUUGACCUUCCCACACGUGCUAGGACCUGAAAUGUAUAAAAAAAAGCACAACCUAGCGUGAAAUAUGUCGAGGGAAGAUGAAAUGCAAAGCAAAACUAUGAAGAUAUGAGGGGUAAAAUGUGUCCCAUUGGACCUGAAUCACUCCCCCACACUUGAACGUGUGCAUGUCCCCAAGCAAACCAAGUACAAAACAAGGUAAGCUUACAACUUCACUUUUUCAACAAAAUGUUUUAGGCAUAUCGUAGGGCACAAAACGAAUGAAUCACAAUGGUUAUUUGACACCGACCUGUGGACAAAAACAAAGUAAUCAUGGCAACCACCACAAACGACAUUCGACUGUAUUAAGAUUGUGCAAAAGAAGAGUUCUCACAUUAUUCACGAACUGACACACAAAAUGCCUCGAUGACUCACCAAUCACAAUUACACAUGCAUGAAGAUCACAUUAUAAGGAUGAACGAUCGAGCAACCUAGGUCCUCACAGGGGUAUAAGAAAUGAACAAAACAUGAUGAAUCACUCACUCUCGACUAGUGGCGUCAGGACCAUUUGAUGCAAAAGAUGUGCAUAUUCACGCUCAAUCCUAACGUCCCUUUACCAUGAUGGUAACCUAUAAAUGUUAGAGUUUACA